AUGGAAUCAGGUAAAUUCAUCAGUGGAUUACUAUAACCAGCUUUCUGUGUUUCUCAUGGUUUCGAGUUUUCUGUCAAGUGAACACGUUUUGUUACAUCGUCGGGGUUUCACGUUUAUUGUUCACUUAUUACAACACAUUUUUGACUAAAACAACGGAGAAAGUAUUGAAUUCAUCUUCAUCUAACCAGUAAACUUCAUCUUCAGAUUUAACAGUAGAAUUUAUGGUUAUGAGUCACCAAUUCACACACACAUAGUCUUAAAUAUUCUAAAUGUCAACCAUCCCAUAAUUUAUGCAUUUUAACAGAAUUAUCAGAGAAGAUGACGAAUGUGAAUACUGCAGGUGGAUCAAGAAUAAUAAACCGUGAGUUUGAAACAUCAGACAAAUACCCGAAAAGAGUGAUAGUGUUUCUUGUUGUGACGUGUUUUAUCACACUGGGGAUAACAGUCGGUCUCGUGUUCAUGUCUAGAAUAGACUAUCCAAUACUGACUGCUAUUUUAUAUGUCGUAUUUGCGAUUAUUGACGUCACGGUUAUUGCUCUGCUGAUUAUAUACGACAGAAUAAGGAAACGAUUCCCUUUGAAUUUCGUCUUGGCGCUCUUAUAUUCUGCUUGCCUGACAGUCGUAGCAGAGCCGUCGUUCAUCGGGAGAAAUAUAAUAUGGGUACUGGUUGUAAUGGCAAUUGGUGUGGUGCUCUACAUCAUAUGCAUAUCGAUAGGUGCAACGCUGAGAAGUGAACUUAAAUUGGGUUCCUUAGGAAUGUUGAUAGGCUACGUUGUCUUCUCAGUCAUAAUCACCGCUGCUACACUUGCAGUCUACUUUUCGACGAAGAACUGAAUGGUCAUUGUCUAUUCUUGCUGCGGGUAUGACUAUUUUAUUGAUUCCUAUCGCUUUAUAUAUGGGUCAGAUAACACUUGGCCUUCAUGAAUUCAGAGUUUUUGCUUCAGAUUACUGUAUGGCUUCGAUGGUUGCUCAUGUGACUUUAAUCCUUUUUCUGGUUACACUCAGUAUUGGACUUAUGUGUCCAGAGGGAAAGAAAACUCAAACGAAGCUUGGCUUUCUUUACCCAGUCGCAUGCUUUUCACAGUAGAAGCAAUACAGUAUGAAUAUAUGCACUUUAGAAUAGUAUCCAAACGCUUUAUAUACUACCGUGUUCACAAUUUGCAACUGAG